GGGUGUGCUCUCUGGGCUGCAAAAUUCCGGACUGGGCUACGGCCCGUCCGCCGCACGGCCCUUUCUGUCCACGGUUCACCACUUCACCGCCCCGCAACCCGCAGCGUUCUGUCUCCGACGACUCCGCCGCCCCCGUCGUACGCCAGGUGCGGAGGCCUUUGCUGGUCUCUUCGCCGGCGACGAACACCCACCAGCAGCUGCUGUAGAUGUGCACAUUCAUCUCCCUUUACUGGGUCCGCCCCUGGAGCAUAUCAUUUGACUGCCGUGGCCACAACUGCGCUAGUUUUGCUUUGAUCAUCCGGCCUUAAUAAUCCAGCAGAUAUCUGGUAUAUAGAUUAACAUAUUCAGUACCUGAGAUCUUCCUUCAACUAGCAAAGGGAAUUGGGAUUCCACUCCCCAGUCCUCAUCAACAGAGGUCACUGUGGAGUCCACAAGAAAACAUAACAGAUAACACAUCUCUAGGAAAGUGGGACAGUAAAAAUCUUGUAUUAUUGGGAAUCAUUCUCCACUAUCUACAUGUAUGGUCUGCAUUACAGUUACUUUGCAGAAGCUUAAUCAUGUUAUCAAAAAUUGUCAUGUGCCAUUGUCUCCGUGCCCUUCCGAAAUAGAAAAAAAGUGAGCUUUUACAUAAAAUCGUUACCAUCAGAUUUCUGGAGAGCACGCUUCAAGCACCUUAUUGUUGUCCGUUUUUUUUUCUUAAAAUGACGUAUCUAUGUAGCUGUUUGUGGCAAGUUAGUUAGUAUCAGUUUGUGGAGAUACAUUGGAAAAUAAAGGGAUUUUUUUCAUUUGCUUGGAGACAAAAAUUGCUGACGUGGAAGCCUUUGCGGUUUGCGCUCUGCAGAAUAUGAUGCUUAAUUACCAUAUUGAAUUUGUGUAUCAGCUCUGCGCUUUUUUAAAGGAAAAAGUAUAUGGACUAUUCCGGAAAAGUUGUAGUAGUGUCUGGUUUCUGGUGAACACAUUAAGAUGCAUUAUUGUGAAAAAAAUAAACAUCUAGAUGAAAAGAAGUAUAAUUAGGAAGUGUGGCUUUUCUGGAUCUAAAUGGGAAAAAAGGAAUAUGGUUCUUUAGAAUUUAGUUUUCGGUGAAACUAUCAAUUCCAUUUGGCAUGCUUGAUCUGAUGUUUACUUAAAUUUCCUAUAUUCUUAUUCUCCUGUUUUCUAAUAUUGCCUUUUCAUGAUCUGGAUCACAAGAUGCUGCACUGUCCUCAUGGAAGCCUCUCAGCCCUCAAAUGUUUGUCUUUGCAGAUUUAUUUGUUUAGGCAACUCUCAUUUAGCUGCCCCCUUUUCCUGUUAAGGAAAAAAGAAGCUUUAAGUUCAGUUUCUCCUAGAAUCUCUCCUCAAACUGUGAUACCAGCUGAUUUACUAUUAUAUCUGUUUAUUCUCUUCUUUGGAAUGCUAUGGCAACAAGUCACCAAAGAGAAUAAAGGAACAGAAUGCAGUGCCGCCACCACUUCAUCGUGUAGGGGUGCUGUCUAGUGCAGACAUGUCAACUCAGUUAUGAAAAGUCUGUAGGCUCUGGAUUGAGGCGUUAAAAAAAAUCUUUAUAGUUUUCCAUAAGUGGUGGAGCCAAGUACAGUUCUGUGCAUCCUUCUGUUGCGGUCAAUUGCCAUCAUGCAGGUUUGGCACCACGCAAAAUAGUGGUACAAGUGGAGUCAAGUACGUCUUGGUGACAAUUUUUUGCUCCUGGCCAAUGCCAUGGUAUUUGAUUGAACCUAGCUAGGGUAGUGGAACCUCGUAGUUGUUCCAACCAAUGGUAAGCUCAUAUAAUUGCACCAUUGGUAGGUAAAUGUCAACAUGUCUCUCUCUCUCUGCAACCUUGACUAUUAGCAAUAUCAGGUCAGGGCUCUCUCUUUUUUUUCUCUCUAAUAAACACACACACACACACACACACACACUACCCAGAGGACUAAACACAUCAGCACCUUUUACAAGUUACUAUAAAAUGGCCUCAACCUAGACUGAACUCCAUUGAUUUCACUAUCGUUUUUAUCUGCUGAUCUCUUGAUUUUCAUGUGACUUUUCAGCGAAGUAGUGCAAUAUUAUUCAGGAAAGAUGGUUGCCAGCUGCCCUAGUUUGACCGGAGAGAUCAAAUAUGAAGUGGCUAGCAGUUAUUUGGUUGGUAUGGUGAUUAGUGUAUAUGCCAAGCUUUUACAGAUAGGCAAGAAUUGACAGUAGCAAAUUCUUGACUAGCUCCGCCACCUACAGGAAAAUCUAGAAGAAUAAAAGAAAGUCAGAGAUGGCGAUGUUUCUUGGUUGCUGUCAUUAGCUGCCGCUUGACACCUCGGCGACGAAAAAGGAGCCGUCCACUCACUGAGCCUUUUGUCCCCCUGGACAUGCAGGUGAGUGGCAUGUAACCAACCUGAAUGACAGGAGGAUCAUUGUGGUGGCAACGCCAGGAGGCAGUUGGAUAUUCAAGAUCAUGACAUGAAAGACUUUGGGAAGGGGAGAGGGCAAUCUCCAUGGAUCAAGGUGUCUGCACAUGAUCCAAGCGCACAACUGCUCAAAGCACACAAGAGAUCGUGUUGUGUGUUGUGUUUUUGGGCCGUACCAGGACCAGAGCGGGCCCCUAUAGCUAUAGCUAUAGCAGCAAUGAGCUGGGUCGUACUCUCUCCACGACAACACUGAACCGUCCGUGUGCGUUCCUGUUGCCGUACUGAAAUCCACAGAGAGGAUAGCUGGGCUCUGAUCCGGGAUUUAUGUCAGGCCCAUUGGGGAGGUCAUGUGACUCAGCAGGUCAGUGCGUUUCCGCUCACCAGCUACCAUUGCGAGAUCAGUAGGAUGUGUCACUCUCUCUCUGCUGCUCUUUUGGAUUCUUGGCGAGGUUUCAGAUUCUCUCCAGUACCCACUUGCAUUGCAGCUCUGAUGGUCGCCAGGUACCAAGAGCACGCCUCUGCGUAAUCCACUGUGCUAAUAGGCACCUUUGAAUUGAUGCAUGCAUGAUCUAUCUGCUGCCAGUUUGCUCCAUCGGCACCAGCAGCAACAGCUCGUCACGUCACACAUGACUAGGCAUAUGUAUUGCAACAGCCUUGUUCAGUUCACCGCAGUGAGAUGUACUGAUCCCCCCUCACAGCUGAAAUCCUGCACACAGCAAGGUCCCCACCCCACUCAUCAUAAACUCAUGCGGUGAAAUGCAAUGUACUCCCCUCGAAUUUUUGUUUUUUUUUCUCUCUCUCACUCCGUGCCGAAAUAUAGUUAUUUAUAGCCAUCUUUUUUCGUCCACAUUUAAAUAAAUAAGAAUGAAUUUAGACAUACGUAUCAACAACAUUCUUAGAUUUUACUAAUGAAUGUAUGUUUAGUCUAAAAUGAAUAAUAUUUUAGGACGGACAAAGUAGGUAUGUAAGCACAUAGCAAAAAGCUUAAUAAUCUAAAAAGACAACGCCUUAUAAUUUAGAAUGGAGGAGAAAAUGGUAGGGGGGGGGGGGGGGGGGGGCAACAUUAUCCCCCCCUCCCCCACCCAAGAGAUACUUACAUGGUAAAGUCGGAACAUAAAGCUACAAUGGUCGACAGACAAAAGUUACAAUGCUAUCUAUAGUCAGUUGUCAUGCCAGAUCUGUGCCUCUUCCCACAUGGUUCCAUACCCACAAAUCCAAAAUCCUCAAGGAUGGAUGGUAAAUAUAUCCAGAUCUACACAUUGUUUGCAAAAAUAUGAACACAGAUAGAUCUGGGUAUCAUGAGCAUGUGUAUAUAUGUAGUGCAGUCAAUUAGGCAUCAAUAAAAAUAAAUAAAGCAUCAAUAGAUGGAGGGUGAGGCUGUCCAUAUGUUGCAAUCAGGCCACCACCAGUGGAAUAAAGGACAGCCAACAUUGCAAGCGUUCCCAGCCACUCAAAGGCUAAAUUCACGUUUGCACCAGAUCUCGGAGGAAACAAAAAAGAUGGCCCCUAAAUUAGUCUUUGUUCUUCCUGUUGUGCUCCUCGCCUUGGCGCUGCAGGCGAUCCUCCGGCCACCGCCGCCAAAGCUCUGUGGCUCCCCAGGUGGCCCUCCUCUGACAUCUCCCAGGAUCAAGCUCAGGGACGGAAGGUACCUUGCGUACAAAGAGGAUGGAGUACAGAGAGACAAGGCCAGGUACAAGAUCAUCACAGUGCACGCAUUUGAUAGCACCAAGGACUUCCCCUCGCCUGUUUCUAAGGAGCUCGUGGAAGGACUGGGAAUUUACCUCCUUGCUUAUGACAGAGCUGGAUAUGGGGAAAGUGACCCCAAUCCCAACCGGCAUGUCAAGAGCGAGGCGCUAGAUAUCGAGGAGCUUGCCGACCAGCUGGGCCUUGGCCACAAGUUCUAUGUGCUAGGGGCCUCAAUGGGAGGAUACUCGGUUUGGGGAUGCCUCCAGUAUAUACCUCACAGGCUUGCAGGAGCUGCGCUGGUUGUGCCAAUUAUCAACUACUGGUGGCCUUCGUUCCCAGCUGAAUUAUCCAAGCAGGCCUUCAACAGACUGAUUGUGCCAGAGCAGAGAACUCUUUGGAUUGCACACAACAUACCUUCCUUGCUUUACCUGUGGAUGACCCAGAGGUGGUUCCCUUCUUCUGCAGCAGCCAUGCACCACCCUGAAAUAUUUAGCAAGCAUGACAUGGAGGUUCUUCAGAAGAUGAUGGCAAUGCCAAGAACCAUUGAGAACAAAUCAAGGCAGCAAGGCAUUUAUGAAUCGAUCCACCGUGAUUUACUUGUCGCUUUUGGAACUUGGGAGUUCGAUCCAAUGAAUGUCACCAAUCCAUUUCCUCAAAAUGAGGGCUCUGUGCACAUCUGGCAAGGACGCGAAGAUAGGUUGGUGCUUGUUGAGCUGCAGAGGUACAUUGCCAAGAAGCUUCCGUGGAUCAAGUAUCAUGAAGUCCCAGAAGGUGGACACAUGUUCGUGAUGGUAGAUGGAUGGACAGACCGAAUUCUCAAGGCACUCUUGUUAGGAGAAGAGCCCCUAGAUGUGUGACAGUAGUUCCAUUUUCAAAAUGUCAAAAACUGCAGCUGCCAGCUGUUAUUUUACUUAAUUUUAUUCCCAAUUUGUACACUUGUAUUCCUACAACACCAAGACUAGUCUAAUUCAUAAUCCGAUAGACUUUCCAUCAUGUCAACUCAUUACAACAGCAGUGAUACCAUUGUACUCA